AUGUUGAGCAUGCUUCUUUCCAUACUUAUUGUUUCAACAACUGUGGCUCAGGAAAGCUUUGUUUCAACUAUUGCAGGUGGAGGUGUAUGUGAUGGUUAUUUAGCAACUCAAGCCUCAUUGGCAUAUCCUGGAUCACCAACUAUUGGUCCAGAUGGUUCAAUUUAUAUAGCAGAUAGUUCAAAUCACAGAGUUCGUCAAGUUUAUCCGAAUGGUACCAUUACUACCAUUGCAGGAACUGGAAUUUCAGGUUAUAAUGGUGAUGUCAUUCCAGCAACGAGAGCUCAAUUGAAAAAUCCUGUAUCAGUUGCUGUUAAUUCGAUUGGAGAAGUUUUCAUAAGUGAUAAUGGAAACAAUAGAAUUAGAAAAGUAUUGACUAAUGGUACAAUUAUUACUUUUGCAGGAAGUGGACAGACAACUUUUUCAGGAGAUUAUGGAUUGGCCACCAAUGCAGGAAUUAACUAUCCCUAUGGUAUUGCACUCACUAGUAUUGAAGAAUUGAUUAUUUCCGAUGUAAAUCAUAAUAGAAUUCGUAAAGUUUUAACCAAUGGAACCAUCUAUACCAUUGCAGGAAACAAUAUUCAAGGUUACAAUGGAGAUAACAAGUUGGCAACAAGUGCUUCCUUGUUUCUGUCCUUUGGUGUUAGUGUUGAUGCAAAUGAUAAUGUCUACAUUGCGGACACUGACAAUGAUAGAAUUCGUAAAGUUUUAACCAAUGGAACCAUCUAUACCAUUGCAGGUAUUGGAAAUAGUGGAUUUUCUGGGGAUGGAGGUUUGGCAACUGCAGCCAAGAUUAGCUCUCCUGAAGGCGUUUCAGUUUCUCCUGAAGGCGAAGUUUAUUUUGCAGGAACUAGUUAUGGAUUCUUAGAUAACACAACUGCCAGUCUUGCACUGCUAGGAAAUCCUGGACAAAUGUUCAUUGACAAGAAUAGUGGAGAUGUGUAUUUUGCUGAUAAAGGAAGUCACAGAAUUAGAAAGAUUUCUAAUGGAUUUAUUACUUCUGUUGCUGGUUCAGGUUCUGCAACUUUUUGUGGCGAAAACAUUGCUUCAAGUGCAUGUGCUUUAGCUAAACCAAAAGGUGCAGUCAUUGAUUCAUUAGGAAAUAUUUAUAUUGCUGAUACAAACAAUAAUCGUGUGAGAAAGAUAUCAUAUUUGGAUGGUACCAUUAACACCAUUGCUGGAACAGGAAGCAAUGGUUAUAAUGGAGAUGGUAUCUUGGCAACAAGUGCACAACUUAACAGACCUUCAAGUGUUGCUAUGGAUUCGGUUGGUAAUGUGUUUGUUGCAGGUGUUGGAUCUAGUGGUUUUAAUGGUGAUAUUUUGGCAACAGAUGCAAAAUUGAGCAACCCUGUUUCAGUCACUAUUGAUUCGAAUGAUAAUGUUUACAUUGCCGAUACUUACAAUCAUAGAAUUCGAAAGAUUUUACAGAAUGGAAAUCUAACAACAAUUGUUGGAUUAGGAUCGAGUGGUUUUAAUGGUGAUUAUCUAUUAUCAAACGGAACCAAAUUAAACUAUCCACAAUCCAUAGCAUUUGAUUCGAAUGGUAACAUGUAUAUUGCAGAUAUGAACAAUAAUCGAAUUAGAAAAAUGUUAACUAAUGGAACUAUUAUCACAGUAGCAGGAACAGGCGUUUCAGGUUAUAACGGAGAUGGAAUAUUGGCAACUGUUGCUCAACUCAAAUAUCCACAAGGAAUUGCAAUUGAAAAUGAUGAAUUGAUUAUUGCUGAUUCUUCAAAUCAUAGAAUUCGUAAAGUAUUAACAAAUGGAACAAUUAUCACCCUUGUAGGAACAGGUACUUUGGGAUACAGUGGAGAUGGUCUGGUUGGAGCCAAUUCACAAAUUAAUAACCCAUCAGGAGUCGUUGUAAAACAAAAUGGUGAACUAAUUGUUAUUGAUUCGGAUAAUAGUAGACUCAGAUUGAUUUCCACACCUCGUCAAUGUAAUGGAACAUUGGCAAGUGAUUCAAAUGUGUGUAGUGGUGUUGGUAUUUGUAGUGCACCUGAGACAUGUGAUUGUGGAAACUUGUUUGGUGGUCAAUUCUGUGAAUAUUCCAAAUGUUUCGGUAUUCUUUCGAAUUCAUCAAGUGUUUGUUCAUCACAUGGAAUGUGUAUUUCCCCAAAUACUUGUUCUUGUAAUUCUGGUUUUUAUGGAUUGAAUUGUCAAGUUAUGAAAUGUUUUGGAAUUGAAAGUAAUGACACUUUAGUUUGUUCUGGAAAUGGAAAGUGUGUUUCUAUUGAUUCAUGCCAAUGUUCAAAUGGUUGGUCAGGUUCAGAUUGUUCAAUUCUUUCAUGUUUUAAUAUCAUGGCCAAUGAUACUGCUCAAGUUUGCAGUGGACAUGGUAAUUGCUCAAGUGUGGAUAAAUGUGAUUGUGAAUUUGGAUGGUCAGGAUUGAAUUGUUCUGUAAACUCCACAAUUCCAGAAACCAGCAACUCCACAAUUCCUAAUAACGACACCUCAAUCAAUACCAAUGGUACUAUUUUAAACAAUUCUUCCACUACUAAUGCCACUAGUUCAAAUACUACCAUCCCAACUACUAAUCAAACUUCACCUCACUUGAAUAAUUCUUCAACAAUUCCAGAAACAAGCAACUCCACAAUUCCAAAUAACGACACCUCAAUCAAUACCAAUGGUACUAUUUCAAAUAAUUCUUCCACUACUAAUGCAACUAGUUCAACAAAUAAUUCUUCCACUACUGAUAGCAAUAACAGUACACAAACAAAUUCCACUCUUACUGGACAAAAUUCGUGGAAAUGUUUCGACAUUCCAAAUUCGGAUUCGACAGUUUGUGGAGGUCAUGGAAUUUGCAUUUCUCAAGAUGUUUGUCAGUGUAAGGCCACUUCAGAAGAUGGAUAUUGGACUGGAUCAAAUUGUACUUCAUGUCAAACUAAUUAUUGUGGAAGUGGAUGUAGAAGUAACAUUUGUUCGACCAAUAAUAACAUGUAUGCAUUAUUUACCUUAAUGGCUGUUCCAGUAGUUGGAGGAAUUGGAUUAAUAGCAGGUUUGGCAUUUGGAUUGAGAUGGUGGUUAUUGAAACGUCCACAAAUGAUGAAAACUUCCACCCCUUCUGUAGUUUAA